GAGGGAGGUGAGGGGAGGCAGAGCCUGAAUGAUCUCAUCUCUAGCAGCUGCAUACCGCAGCGAAGCAAAGCCGUAACUUUCUAUCAAACUUCCGAGUUGCGUUUCGGAACCAGACGGAGGGACAAUUUCCAGGACUGAAACCGAAGCCAACACGUUCCUUAGGAAGGCGAGGAAAGGAGCCGCCGCGUAUUUUUGUGCGGGACCUAAAACAGCAGCACCUUUAGUUGAGACAAAAGGAGGAAAACGGCGCUGUGUGACAUCCUAAAAGGAGAAAAGGCUUCCACUUUUUAAGUGGAAACAUGCCAAACCACAGUACUGGUGCAGCCAAGGAGGCAUUAUGCAAGCCUGAAUGCUGAGGAGCUCUCCUGCUUCCUCACUUGUUGAUCCCAACAAUCAAAUUUACUCAUGAGGUCAGUGAGGAGCAUCAAGUCCAAGAAGCAACCAUGCCCAUCUGCUAAGUGCCUUUAAGCCUUUGGCACUGGUGUCAUGACCAGCCUGAAGCGCCCGCCGAUGGAGUGCACGGCUGGGGGCUCCAUCCCUGCCACUAAUGAGUUUUAUACCGGGCAUCUUCGACCAGUUAAUGGAGGAGCUUUGCCAGCCCGCACAGACAACUACCAUUCCAGUGUGAGCACAGGGAUGCCUAAAAUGGGCGUCCGGGCUCGGGUGGCCGAUUGGCCCCCGAGAAAAGACAUGCCGGGCCAUCAGUGGCACUCGUCAGCUGACGGGGGUGCUGCUGUUCCCUCCAUUAUUAAAAGUCACAUUAAGUUAGGUUCUGUUUUGAGCCCUCAGGACUCCUCUAUGCUUCGUAACAUCCACAACACACUGAAGAGCCGGACCCACGCUUUACCUAACAGCUACAGCCCUGACAGCCGUUACCUGGCCCCAGGAGAUUACAGAGGUCCUGCACACAAAAACCCACGACAGAGACGCUCCCGUCAGCGUAGCAACAGCGAUAUGGCCAUCAGUGAGAUGGAAGGCAGUGGAGACAGCGGAGAUGACUGGGCUCCACAAGCUACAGCUAAGUGGUCCCCUCUUCAUCGGGAAUAUGGCAGCACGUCGUCAAUAGAUCAACAUGGAAUAGCUAAGGACAGCUUUUUUGAAAUGCUGAAGGGUUAUCAAGAGGACAAAGUUGAUCAGCGUAGCCCUGCUCCAGAGAACUUGGAGGAUAUUCUAAACGUCGGGAUCAAACUUCAAGAGCUUCAGGAAGACGUCACAGACGGACAUCUGCUAAAGCCCAGAGACAGAGACAAGCCUCCGAAAAGACGCACGAAAUCCGAAACAGGAGGGGAGUCUAUAUUCCGGAAGCUUAAGAAUGUGCGAGGUGAAUUAGACUCCUCAAGAGCUGGUUCUGAUGCGGAGGACAGUCGCAUGGAGGAUGCAGCCCCUUCUCUAAAACCAUGGGUGUGUCAGAAAGGCUUUGCCCACUACGAUGUUCAGAGCAUCCUUUUCGACCUCAAUGAAAUCACUCAGCUUCGACAAACCGCAGGGAAAAGGAAAAACACAACCACUGGAGCAUCCGCCGCUGCCGUAGCCUCUGCUACCUCCACUCUCUCAUCCACCCACAGCCUGCCUUACAGCUCCCCCAGCGGCAGCCAGGAGGAGCUGAGCUCCAGAGACAGCCCAGGCUUGGACGCAGGAGACGAGCAGAGCAACGAAAUGCUGCUGAGCUGCCCCUGCUUUCGCAAUGAGAUUGGAACUGAUGGGAUUGGAUGGCGCCGCCUGGGAGCAGGUGGGCUAGUAAGGACAGGUUAUCAGUGUACUGUGGGUGGUGGAGCUGGCAGCAGUAGCUCAGGGAGCCUGACUGGAGAUGGUCAUUUAUAUGAAACAUCUUUGAGCACACACUGCACUAAUGCUGGAGUCGCUGUUCUCGAGGGACCAAAGGAGGGGCCCAGCACAGUGAGCGAAAAGGGCAAACAGUACAUCGUGGAACACUUGGACCUGGGAGCAUACUAUUAUAGAAAGUUUUUCUACCUUAAAGAGCACUGGAACUAUUUUGGCAUAGACGAGGCUCUGGGUCCAGUUGCUGUGAGCCUGCGCAGAGAGAAGCUGGACGAGGAAAAAGAGCGAGGCCAACAGUACAACUAUCGCAUUAUCUUCAGAACAAGCGAGUUAACGACUCUUAGAGGUUCUAUUCUGGAGGAUGCAGUGCCUUCUACCUCCAAACAUGGUACCAGCCGAGGUCUGCCCAUCAAAGACGUAUUGGAGUACCUUCUCCCAGAACUGGAUCUGUCCUGCCUCAGACUGGCCUUCAAUACUCCCAAAGUCACAGAGCAGCUGAUGAAGCUGGAUGAACAAGGGCUAAGUUUUCACGUGAAGGUUGGCGUGAUGUACUGCCGAGCUGGACAAAGCACAGAGGAGGAAAUGUACAACAACGAGAACGCUGGUCCUGCCUUUGAGGAAUUCCUCCAGCUGCUGGGGGAGAAAAUCCGCCUUAAGGGUUUUACCAAGUACAGAGCCCAGCUGGACACCAAGACGGAUUCAACUGGCACUCACUCCCUCUUCACUUCCUAUAAGGACUACGAGAUCAUGUUUCAUGUUUCCACAAUGCUGCCUUACACACCCAACAACAAGCAACAGCUGCUCAGGAAGCGGCACAUUGGGAACGACAUUGUGACCAUUGUGUUCCAGGAACCGGGAGCUCACCCUUUCACUCCCAGAACCAUUCGGUCUCACUUUCAGCAUGUCUUCAUCAUCGUCCGAGUGCACAACCCCUGCUCUGACGGCACAUGCUACAGCGUUGCUGUAACCCGUUCCCAGGACGUCCCCUCCUUUGGUCCACCGAUCCCAAGGGGAGUUACCUUCCCCAAGUCCACUGUCUUCCGGGAUUUCUUGCUGGCCAAAGUCAUUAACGCUGAAAACGCCGCCCACAAGUCAGAAAAGUUUGGUGCCAUGGCGACGCGCACGCGGCAAGAAUACCUGCGAGACUUGGCAGAGCGCCAUGUGACCACCACGCCCGUGGAGCCCACGGGGAAGUUCCCCUUCAUCUCUCUGGCUCACAAGCGUCGGGAGAAAGUGCGUCCAUACAGCGGGGCUGAGCUACGCAGUCUCGGGGCCAUAACCUGGCAGGUUCACGCCGAAGAUCAGGUAGCGGGUGCUGAACGGGAAUGCCUUUUGGCCCUUUCUAACGACUUCAUCAUCCUGCUGGACCAGGAGGCCAAAGCAGUCGUCUUUAACUGUGCUACACGCGACAUCAUUGGUUGGUCGACAGGGAGCCCCGCCUCUCUGAAGAUCUACUACGAGCAUGGAGAGAGCGUAUCACUUCGAUCCAUCAACAACAACACUGAGGACUUCGGUGAGGUUGUGAAAAGACUAGAGCUGCUGACGAAAGGCAGUCAGACCACAGAAAUGACGUUGCGUCGGAACGCUUUAGGUCAGCUGGGCUUUCAUGUUAACUUCGAGGGCAUCGUAGCUGAAGUGGAGCCCUACGGGUUCGCCUGGGAUGCUGGGCUGAGGCAGGGCAGCCGGCUGGUAGAGAUCUGCAAGGUUUCUGUGGCCUCACUGUCGCAUGAGCAGAUGAUUGACCUGCUCAGAACCUCUCUCACAGUCAAGGUGGUCAUCAUUCCACCACACGAGGACUCCACCCCACGCAGAGGCUGCUCUGAAAUCUACCACAUGCCUCUUGUGGACUAUAAAAAUCAUAAAGAGGGCAUGCCCUACGAGUUAAAGUUCCCCUUCCGGCCGACCAACAACAACAGCAAAUGGCCGCGCAGCUCAUCCAGCCCUCGUGCUGUCGCCUCAGGGGGAACCUUGAUCAAGGCGCCGGCCUCAGACUUCAGUGAGCGCAACAACGCAGCUAUCCCUCGCAGCGUGUCAAGCGAUGGUCGACCUCUCCACCCGAAAAGAUUUUCCCCAGGAAAUGACAACUAUGCUCUGGCCUGCUCCAUUGUGAUGGGUCGUACGUUGCACAGCACAAACUCCCCCUCCAACCUCUCCUACACAGACACCAUGAGUUCAAACCACUGGAGGCAGAAGCCUAUGCCUGAUGGGUUUAAUAACAACAGCCAAUCACCUGUAACGUCGGUGCGGCAGGGGGGCGGUGAUGGUGUCAAUGGAGCCAAAGUUUGUUCUGCUGUCGGAUGGUCCAGACCUGUGGACGGCGACGCAGCAAACAGACUGGGAGACAAAACCAGCUCAGAUACUGUAGUUUCUAAGAUUGUGAUUCCUCGGCUCCAGCCAUCAGAUCACAGCAGCCGCCAGUCGCCAAACAAAAACAUUAAGGCUGAAGCUCCGUAUUCAUCCAGCCACUCGAGCAGCAACACUCUUUCCAGCAAUGCCUCCAGCUCAGCGCAAAGCGACGAGAAGUGGUACGAAGUCGGCUCCAGAUCCGGAGUGCGAAGCGACCUGGAGAUCAACGGAUACCUUCAGGGCACAUCCACCGACAGCGGGAUAGACGCCAGCUCUUUUACCGCCACCCAGAGCAGCACAGCCUCCUCUACUGGUGCCUUCAGAUCCAAGGAAAAAGUUCCAUGGCAGGAUGAGGCAGGAAGCUGUGAGAGAGCGUCCAGCACGUCGCCUCCAACACCAGACUCUCUUGUUCCUGCAGGAGGCAGUGAGAGAACAGGGAAGAGCCCAAUCUGCUUUACAGUGGUUCCUGAUGACACCUCCUACAGUCCAAACGAUGCAGCAUCCCACUCCAGCACAAUCAGCUCCGGUCACUCAGGAAGCCCGAUGGGACAGGACUGCAGCGCAUCGUCACCACAGAGCGAAACAUCCGACCUGUCCCCCACAUCCCAGAAUGCUCAGGCCUCAGGAACCAAGAGCUUCUAUCCUCGCCAGGGAGCAACUUCUAAGUACCUGAUUGGCUGGAAGAAGCCUGGAGGAACUGUGAACUCUGUGGAUUUUAGCAACACUCGCAAGCGUCACCAGAGUGACGGUCUGUUGGGUGGUCAACCUCAGCUCAGGGCCAAUCUCCGUGGCGCCCAGUCCCCCCAGCGGCAGACUGCCAAAUCCAGCCUGGAAGAAGACCUGAAGAAACUGAUUACUCUUGACAGCCCACCACCUAAAACAAAUGAAGAGAAGCCGUUAUUCCCGGGCCCUCCUCCCAGCCGGCGCUCCCUUCAGAGGACACUUUCAGAUGAGAGUAUUUACAGCGGACAAAGGGAGUCUACCUCCAGUGGACAGUGUGACGCAUCCACUGACCUCCUCUUCACCUGCUCCACCAUCCCGCGCUCACCUACUGCGCGACACGGCUCCAGUCGACGAGCCUCACACAAAUCACUCGGAGAUUUGACCGCCCCAGAGAGCUCAGAGCUGGAGCAGGAGAGGAAGAGGAAGCAGGAGCUGCAAGAUCCUGCACUCAUGCCCCUACCUGACACCGGAGCCGAUGGCCCACUGGACUGGGCAGAUCUGGUGGAUGCUGCAAAGGCUUUUGAGGAGCAGAGACUGGUUUAUCUAGCAGCCCAGGAGGAGAGCUCCACUGCUGAAAGCACAUCAGCUGCCAGCCCCCAGCAGGCCGAGCCUCAGGCAGCUCCUCAGAGAUCGCCCCUGCCAGGAGAGAUUCCCGCAUGCUUAAUGGGUAAAUUGAGCCAGUUAGAGUCCAUGGUGAAAGUCCUACAGGAGGAUUUGAAGAAGGAGAAAGAUGCAAAGACUUCAUUACAAGUUCAGAUCCAAAGCCUGCGAGAGGACAACCAACGUCUCCUGGAAGAAUCCUACAGCGCCUCAGCCAAGCUCAAGAAGUUCACAGAGUGGGUCUUCAACACCAUUGACAUGAACUGAUGCCUGCAGAUGUCGGCUGCUCUCCACUGGGAAGAUAACCACUACUGAAGCUGAUUUUAAAGCUUUUCUCCUUAUCAAACCAGCUCCAACAUUGCUUCCCAUGCCAUCGUACUUUAGCUUUGUGGAUCUGUGGAAAAUAAUCAUCAUUUGCAAAAACAAAGGAAGACUUAAAGGAGGACAGAGAAAAUGAACAGUUUUAGAUUUUUUCAGCAUGCACUCCCUUCUUUGGGAGUACAUACAAUUAUGUAAUGCUUUGAUGGCAUCCUUGCAUGUUACAGAGGGAAAUGUUGAAACUAACUUAAAGGGAUUUAAAGCAUCUGGUCCCACUAA